AUGGGUGAUGUCAAUUGUAUUCUUCGUCUUGAUGAGAAAAAGGGAGGCCUUGAACCAAGAACUUCAACUAUAAAUGAAUUUUCAGAUUGGUUAGAUGACAAUAAUCUUUUUGAGGCAGAUUCUUUGGGUACAAAAUUCACGUGGACAAAUAGGCAGUCAAGUACUAAUAGAAUCAUUAGUAAACUCGAUUGUGCUGUUACUAAUGCUGCUUGGCUUGCAAAGUUUGAGAAUUGGCGGUGUAAAGCUCAUCCUAGAGAAGUUUCCGACCAUUAUACUUUCUUGGGAUAUCCUUUUUCUGUUCUGAGACCUAAGAGAUCUCCUUUUCAUGUUCAAAAUAUGUGGUUCUUACAUGCUGAUUUUCUUCGUAUGGUUGCUGAAAGUUGGAACAUGCCAGCUUAUGGUUCUCUUGAUUUUAUUUUUCCGUAUAAAUUGAAGAGUCUUAAGGGUGUGAUUAAGGAUUGGAAUCUUAUGGUCUUUGGUAAUUUUCACUCUCGUUUGAAGCAGGAUCAAUUGAGGUUUCAAUCAGCGGCUCUUCGUUCGUACGAGAAUCCUAGUGAUAUUACUAAUCUUAAUAUUAUGAAAGAUGCUAUGGCUAAGCUUAGUGAAACGCGUCUUCAGCACAACACUAUGCUUAAACAAAAAGCUCGGAAUCAAUGGCUUGUGGAGGGUUCAAGCAGUUAUUCCUUUUUUCAUAACAACAUUCGUAUUCGUAAAAGUGCUAAUACUAUUUCUGAAUUAGUGUGUGGUGAUGGCAAUACUAUUUCAGAUUAUGAUCAGAUUAGGGAUCACGUUGUGUAA